UGCCAACAACAAGGUAGUAGUAGUCUCUGCUCGCAGAGGAACUGUGUGUGCUUGUUGGUUUCACUACACUAAACAUUUAAACACUUUAUCGCAAAUUGGAAGUCUUUUUUUUUUUAGUCCGCGAGAAACAACGUUGUUUAGCAGUGAAUCUCUGCAGGCGCGGUGAUACCCUAAGUCCUCACUACACUGAAGUUGGUAGUUAACUAUCCAAACAGUAGGCUGAAUUUAAGAUUUUUAAGUAACGUCGCGGGGGGUGCACCCUUGUAUAUCUGAUGUUUAUCUUCGACGCAAGCAAAUUACUUUCUAACGCCAUAACAACAUAACUAAGUCGGCCCUAGGGCCAGCGCAGGAGACUCACAUACCCAGGUGAAGGAAAUCUGCCCUGAUAAAUCUCACAUCUUGAUACUUCAAUAGACUUCUGAACCAAUGAGCUCAAGGGAAAUCUCUCCAGCGAGAGGACUACGCCAACAAUGAAAGGUGGACCGCGGAAAGCAAGAAAAAGGGAACCUAAGAGGACUCCAGCAAAUAAAGUCACCUCAGACACUGUUUCAUCUCCAGUCACAGAGGAAUCAAAUGCUGUGCCAGGCAGUGAUUUUGCCAUUUUUAACCAGUCCUCAGCAUGUUCCUUAACAAGUACUCCAAAAAGAAGCAGGAGACAAACAAGACAGACACAGGAAGUCUGUUGGCCCCCCACACAAGUACACAGCACCUCCACUGACAACCUGUCCAAUAUCUCAAAGUCCCCUCCUGGAACAAAACAAGCAGAGCUAGAAUACACUGAAGUCAUCACUCAAUUAAAGACAUCAGAGGUAGAUUCACCAUGCUGCGAAUCAAAAAAUCAAAGAAAAUGCAACAGGCGUCAUGCUACCCAGCCAAGACAAGUCAGAAAAAGGGUGACGAAAGAGCAAACGCAGACCUGCAGUAAAACCAAUGGACUACAAGCCAAGUGCCGGCGCAGCAAGAGGCUGCAGAUUGAGAGAGGGAAUUUACCGAGGGAUACCAAUUCUCGGUCAUCCAAACGCUCUAGACCAAGAUUUGAACUUAAGACGCCUGAUGGAGCAGAGCAAGAUGAGUCUUUGCUGUCUUCAGAUCUAUCAAUAGAGCUGAGUCACCAUGAGGAACAGCUGCCAUCUUUGUUUUUCCAGGAAGAUGAGGGAAGUGAUGAGGAAGAGGAGGAGCUACCAAGUUUCCUGAUGCAGAUGGACAAAAAGCCCCCCUCCAUUACAGAAGGGGCAUUUGUGUGGUACAAAUUUAGAAGUUAUCCAUUCUGGCCUGCAUUGGUAAAAAGUGUGAACCGUAAGCAGAAAAAAGCCAGCAUCAUGUUCAUUGAUGACCCAAUGAUUCACAAAAAGAAAGGGUUUUCUGUGGCUCUGAAAACCCUGAAGCCUUUGGACUGUACAGAAACUGAUGAGCUGGUGUGCAAAGCCAAAGAAAAGUAUGAUACUGCAAUUGAGUGGUCCAUGGAGCUCAUAGCAGACUACAGAAUACGGAUUGCGUGUGGCUCAUUUUCUGGCUCCUUCAUUGAGUACUUUGCUCAUGACAUGAGCUAUCCAGUGAGGAGGAAGUACCCGCUGGCAGCCUCAGAGAGACUGACCAUCACCAGUGAUACAAUAAUGGAGGAGCUGUGUGACAGUCAUAUGGAGGACUCCUUUAGUGACCAGCAGAGGGAGGUCAGCAGGAGUUCAAAGAGGCUGCUGCCAGACCGGACUCAUGCCGCCCACAACCGUGCUAAUGAGAAGCUUGUACAUUUUAUCGUCAAGCAGCGCAUGGUGGAAGGACGUCUUCUGGCUGUGAUCCGUGGGCAGCAGCAGUCCAGAUGGCUUCGCUCUUUUCUGAGUGCCAAUCGAAGACGGGUGGUGAACACAUACCUGGAAGAUGACCAGCAGUUGGACCAGGUCUAUAGGUACCUAAACGAGCUCCACUCGACAGCCAUAGCCACCGAUACCUGCCUCGCUGAGGUGAAAUCCUCGGAACGUGUCCCUUUUGUCCUAGAUGUGCUUCUUCCUGAGGCCAUUAUCUAUGCCAUAGCUGGGGUGGACAAUGUCUCAGUAAAAAAGGCAGAGGAAAAGUACCUAAAAGGACGAUGUAUAAGCAACAGAGAAAGACAGGAGUUUGACUUGAUGAUUGAACAGCAGAUAAGGAAAAAAUCACAGCAUCAGAACACUGCACUUACGUCAUUCCCUGACCCCAUCAAUUAGAAGACUGAGUGUUUUUGUAUUGUUCUUUUUUUUUUUUUUUUUUUUUUUUGGCAAUGUAGUCAUAUCUAUGUGCCUUGAAAUCCAUGAUAAAUCACAGCGCACUUACUCGGCUCUCCUUUGCGUUUUUUUAACACACUGUACAUGUACAGACGGGUGACAAAUUAAUGGAAAAAACCUGAAUAAAUGAGUAGAGAAACAGGAUAACAAUGCCCCCACCCGUAGGGCAUGAAGGGUCACUGAAUGGUUUAAUGAGUAUGAAAAUGAUGUGAAUCAUAUGCUAUGGCCUUCGCAGUCACCAGACCUCGAAGCAACUGAACACCUACGGGAGAUUUUGGACUGACGUGUAAAGACAGCGCUCUCCACCACCAUCAUCGAAACACCAAAUGAGGGAAUAUCUUUUGGUAGAAUGGGGUUCAUCCCUCCAGCAGAGUUCCAAAGACUUGAAGGUUCAAGGCCAAGGAGCAUUGAAGCUGUUCUGGCAACAUGUGGUGGCCUAACCCCUGACUAAGACACUUUGUGUUGGUUUUUCCUUUAAUUUGUCACCCAUCUGUUAGUACUGGAUUUUAAUCUUAAAAGCUGUUCAAAAUGUGAAUCAAAGAGGAUGGCUUCAAAAUUUCGGCAGUAAUAUUGAUAAAAAUGUUCUAAAUACCUAGCUUUAGCUCAUCACUCUUAGUUGACAGUAUAUAUGCUGCUGAAUUCCUCACAGUGCUCAGUCUUUUACAUGAAUUAACUGUUGAAUGUGUAUGCUUGUGUGCUUGUUUUAUAAAAAAUACAUUUUUCAUAAACCACUUAGUCCAAUAGCAAAUGCUUUCUCAUAGCAAAGGAUGGACAAGUGCCAAAUAAAAAAACAGACCUUUCAAUACAAGUCAUCAUCUUAACAUGAUACCCCAGGUGAUGCAUGAACCCAGUUGCAAAGCCACCAGGGGGUCUCAAGAAAAAAAAAAAAAGAGCCGUCGGGCCCCCUUUUUACAUAUUGAAAGAAUGGCUGUCAACCCAGACAUUUAUUUAUAACUCAUUCUGUACCUUUUCAGAUAAGGAAAUUAGUCUAAAAAUGUCUGUAUUUAUGCAUGAUUAAUUAGUGUAUUGAACUUUUCCCAUGGAGAGUAUAUUGUAAUUGCAUGAAAAUUGUGAGGCCAUGGCUGUUCCUGACUUCUGAGAUUGCCAAGUAUUGUUAAAAAGGAAUUGCUUAUUUUUCAUAAAACAAAAACUUCUUCCGAUGACUGAGUCCUCGUACAUUAAGGAUUACUGUACGGCCAUUGAAACUCUUUCAAUUGCAUUAACAUCUUUCUCUCUUUCCACGGCAUCUCCCGUGCUAGAAUUGAAAUGAAGUUGUUGCUUUCUGUGACUGACUAGCAUUACGUCAAUCUAGUCCUUGCUGAAGAGAUUUGGGUCCUUCUCGGGUUAUAAAGUGAAUCUUCUGACUGCUAUAAAUUCAUUGGCUUUGUUACUUAAACAAUCUGAUAUUAAUUUCAAACUCAGCUUGUCAGGGUUUAUAUAUCUAGGGAAAUUUCUUACCCUUGGUCACCAAGGUCAAGGCAGACUUCCAUAGUUGGAACUCCUUGCCUUUAUCACUGAUAAAUAGAAUUAAUGGGGUAAAAAUGAAUGUCUUGCCUAGAUUUCUCUUUGUUUCACUGUAUACCUUUGUUUUUGCCCAAAUGUUUUUUUCUAAUCUGUGGACCAAAUUGUUACCACCUUUUUGUGCGGUGGGAAGGCACCCAGGGUGAGGAAAUCAUCAUUGUAAAAAUUUAAAUUCAGUGCCAGACUUUCCUCACCCAAUUUUCUGCUCCACUAUUGGUCAGCACAUAUUCACAAAUUGAGUUAUUGGCUUCAGUCUCCUGGGUUGUUAUGUCGUAGGUUGGAGGUUCCUCAUCUUCCCUGAUGGCCCUGCUCAUCUCCUCCGUACCAAUCAGCUCUCUGGCUUUAAAAGUAGCCCUGUUGUGCUGUCUACCCUUAGGAUUUGGUUUCAAUUCAGACAUCAUUUUAAGUUUAUGUCAGCCUCCAUCCUGAUGUCUUGGUGAUGCCUGAUCACCUAUUUCCCCACAUCACUCAUGGUUUCCCAUUACAUGUUGUGGCAGAGUUGAAGCAUUAAGCUUUUUAGAGACCUUUAAAAAGAUGGCACUUUUUCUAACUUCUCAGAUCUAUCCACAGAUUUUAAUUUGCUUACAUCCCACUUGUUCCAUUUCUUUCAAUUUAGAAAAUGUGCCUCCUCUGUUUUUCCAUGCUGCACUUCCCUCCCAACUAACUAGCCAUGGGAUCACUUUUUCUACCCUAAAAUCCCAUCAGAAAUCCUUCAUAUCCAGGAUAUGGUAUAUGAACAACCAUUGGCUUUCGAUGGUCAUUCUGUUGCCAGACCUAGAACUGCUUGGGAGCAGGAACCGGGGAUAGAUUUCUUGGAUCAAAUGUGGGAUGAAGCUGUGUACAGUGUAUGUUAUAGUACGCCUUGUGCAAGACUACGACUUAUGCAAUUCAAGGUAUAACACAGUUCUGUUUUCAAAAUCUUGACCAUCUGAAAUCUAUCCAAAUAUUGCAUGUGACAGAUGUCACACUUCCUCUUGUAACCUGAGCCAUAUGUUUUUCUUUUGUCCUGGGCUACGCACCAAAAAAUCUGGAGUGAUAACAGUGACAGAGACAAUGUUUUGGUGCUUCUUUGUCACGGCCCUCUUUAAGGCCCCUGGGGAUGUUCCUGUCAUAACAAAAAUGGGAAAUACUUGUAAUUCUAUACUUGCGAGUUCAUUUUUGUAUCCCUAAUAUAAAGAUUACUUAAAAAAAGAAUGCUUCAGGUUUGAAGUUGAACAAGACGGCUCGAACAGAAAAAGGAUCUACUUCCAGUUCCAUACAUUCCAAAAUAUUGUGAUUAUAAGAUUAAAAAAAAAAAAGACAACAACUCUCCAUUCUGCUACUAUUUUCUCUGACUGCUUUAACUACUGCCUGUGUAACACAAUACCAUCCCAAAUGGUAAGAAACAAAACUCUUCUCAUCUACUUCUGCACUAGAUGCUCCAUAGGCUGUACCAGAAAUGUUUUUUGUUUAUUUUAUUUUUGGUGGCAUUGUUAUAAUUCAACACUCAGUACUUGUGCUGAUGUUGCUGCAGAACUUCCUUCCUUUUUCUCAUACAUAUUUUUAAUAUUAUUUCUCAUACAGUGCAAUGUAAAAGUGCCACUUGCAUCAAUUUUUUUUCACUACAGAGGCAUUUUGGGUAGUGUCAUCAUCACACAUUCACAAUUGCAUCCACACUGAUCAUGUGAACCAUAAGAAG